UUGAUACAGGCACUCACUGGAUGCUCAUGACCGGCUGGCUGGUGUGGCAGAAAACAGACUUUUGUCCGUCGCGCUGGGAAGAGCUCGUGUACAAUGCCGUCGUGGGUGCCAUCUAUACAUUCUGCUUCUUCAACGUGCGCGAUGGCCAUUCUCGCAGCCGCGUCGUCGUGUUCUACAUUCUCAUUGGCCUCCAGAAUGUCGCAUUCCUCAUCGUCUACUGUGUCACGAGGGGUGAAGGCGAUGACCUGCAUGUCAUCACUUCGGCAGCUGUGGUGCUGGGAAGCUUUGGCAUCGGCAUGUACUGCAUGGCACUGUACUACCGGUUCUUUCACCCCAGUGGGCCCAUCUACCUUUGCAGUGACAAAACUGCACAUGAAGAGAGUGUGCAAAUGCAGGAACAGGGCAACGUCUCCGGUGAUGUGUCUACACCACCGAUCAAGCCAUUCUCAGCCGCUGUCAGUGCAUCGCACUCGUUUCGUACCCUCAAAUAUGCAAACUGUGCGCACCAUAUGGCAUCUACACCCCGCCAGAUGGAUCCGGAAAGGGCAUCGUCUUUGAGUGGCGACAGCACGAUUUCUCCGUGCAGUGAGGACACGCCGAAUAGCGCGAGGAUCUUCGACAAAGCAACAGCCGAAGAGAUGGAAACGGGCGAAAUGGAGGACAGCAACAUGUACCGCAUCAACGUCAAUCUCUCUGGGGACGCGGCAAGCCAGCUACAAUCUCGUCGAGUGCGUUUCGACUUGAAGGACUGCUCACUUGACGAGAGCCACCGGUGGCAUUCGGAGGACUGCAGCUUCGCCGACGUCAAAUCCGACUCGGACGAUGUCACGGCCCUCAGCAUCACGAAGGAUCGCCUUGCCAGCCACCACCACGUCGUCAACUACAACUUCCGCCCGUUUGUCGGCGAAGGCGCUCGCGCGCAUCCGUUCAAAAGACACUGCUCCUGUCUAGUGCUGUUUGAAUGCCCGCCGGACCUCGGCUUCGAGUCGCUCCUUUUGUCGACGGACAGCAAAGGGUCAGAGAAGAAAGCGCUGCUAAACGUGAUGUCAACGCCAAAUGUGAGACUGCAGCGUUUCAACGACGAGAGCGGUAGCGAUUCGGCGGCGUCGUGGUCGAUGCACAACUUCCUAGCUGCGGAUCGGUGCACCGAGGACUUGUCAGAGAGCGUAGCCAGUGAUCUUGCCAGUGGGUCAACAACGCUUCUCGUCUGAACUGGUCACUUUACACCAAAAGCUCUGAUAGCUGUAUUGCGCAAAGCUGCGGUGACGACCUAUAUGGUCACUGCAUGGCACCAACAUUCAUCCACGUGAAACAUCCAGCUACGUUCGCGCACUUCUCGCACACAGCCAAG